CUGACCUUGCCGCCCAAAUUCCAAAGCGAGCGUAUUUUCGUGCAGUUUUUGUGAUAUUUUGGAUAUUUUUGUAUGAAUAAUAGACUUUAUUUUCCUCAACGAUGUGUUUGUGGGCCGAUCUCGUUCUCCAAGGUUCAAAAUCCAGGGCCGGGAGAUGGAGUCCCGGGAUGAAAAUGUUCCCGAAUUCGACCAGAAUCAGAAUCUUCCAUAUAUCCAUAAGAAGAAAAGCUGCCCAAGUGCCGUCAAAGAUGGUCGAAUUGUAAGAUGAGAGGCCAGUACACUCCAUAAAUUUACCCUCCAGCACCUUGCAUCUGGAAAGACUGGAAUCGUUCUUCGGGAUUUGCAGGCUAACAUGUGACAGUCCUGGGAGAUGUCGAAGGGCACAGGGGGUGCAGCAAACACAUUUGACUGGAAUCCUUUCUUCAGAGAAGAGGCCAAAACCGGCCUGAGGCCUGAUAGACUGUGAAUUUUCUUCUUUUCAAUCACAUAAUUGGUUGAGCUGCAAGACUGCAGAGAAUCUAAAUCAAAGGGAACCUUUUGAAGACAUGAGCCCCCAAUCACGAGGACAAACCCCAUCAUCAGAGCAGCAAGCCGGAUAUCAUCUUUUUGGCACUUUUUGCACAGACUUCUGAUGAAUAAAACAGAAGGACCGAGAGGAGGAGAAUGCUGUGCACGACGCGCGUGGUCCUCCUGCUUGCAGCCGCCCUAACUAGCAGAGACGUGUUGGCGGCGGUGCUGGAGGGCCAGGGGCCGAUGAUCAUUGUGGAGCCGCCGGCGCGCCUCGAGUUCACCAACAGUUCGGGGACGCGGCUCGACUGCACGGCGCAGGGCAGUCCGGCCGUGUCCGUGACCUGGUCAGCCUCCGUCGGCCUCAACGGGCUGAGCUCGAGUUCGUCGGGGUCGCAGCAGCAGCCAGGGCCGGUGCCCAACGUGCCCGGCCUCCGCCACCAACUGCUCAACGGCAGCCUCCUCUUCCUGCCCUUCCCCGCCUCCGCCUACCGACCGGACGUCCACGCCUCCGCCUACCGCUGCGUCGCCACCAACUCGGUCGGACGCGUCCUCGGCAGGGAGGUCAGACUUAAAGCAGUGGUGCUUCAGCAGUACGAGUUGCGGGUGAAGGGCGCGCUGGUGUCGCGCGGAAACACCGCCGUGCUGCGUUGCCAAGUGCCGAGCGCCGUCAAGGAUUAUCUGACCGUGACUUCUUGGCUGCAAGACGACACCUUCAAUAUUUACCCGUCCAGCGACGGAGAUGGGAAAUUCCACAUGCUGCCGUCCGGCGAGUUGCUGGUGCUAAACGUGGACUCGUCCGACGUCUACUCGAACUACCAUUGCCGCGCCACGCACCGCCUUUCCGACGAAACUCUCGUCAGCACCAUACCUGGCAAAAUCACCGUCACAGAAACGCCUAGAGGGGUGGUGCCGCCGCGGGCGUUCGAACGCAACGUGAAUUUGGAGGUGAAGAGGGACGAACUGGUAAUUCUGCCCUGCAUAGUGGACAGCAAUCCCCAGCCCGAGUACAGGUGGUUCAUGUUGAGCGACACGACGGGCCAGAUGCAGCCUUUGCACGACACGGAGCACCGGUACCGCAUCAACGGGCUGCUGGUGCUGCACAGGGCGCGCGCCGCCGACUCAGGGCGCUACAUCUGCGUGGCCAACAACACCGGUGGCUCCGAGCGCGUCGAGUUUGGCCUGCUGGUGACGGCGCCCCUGGGGGCCCACGUGACCCCCUCGCACGCCACCGUCGACCUGGGCCGCAGCGCCGAGUUUGUGUGCGCCACAAUGGGUCAUCCGGUCAAGACGGUAGCCUGGGCCAAGGACGGAAACGUGCUCAGGGACGGCCACCGCGUCAGGUUUGUCGGCAGAGAGCGCCUGCAGGUGCUCAACGUGCAGCGCGAGGACCAGGGCAUGUACCAGUGCUUCGUCAAGAAUGACCAUGACAUGGCCCAGUCCACCGCAGAGCUUCGUCUCGGAGACACGCCUCCGCAGCUCAUGUACAAGUUCAUCCAGCAGACGAUCCAGCCGGGGCCGUCGGUGUCGCUGAAAUGCAUCGCCGCCGGAAACCCGACGCCGAGCAUCAAGUGGACCCUCGACGGCUUCCCCCUGCCCCAGAACGAGAGAUUCCUGAUCGGGCAGUACGCGCCGCACGGCGACGUCAUCAGCCACGUCAACAUCAGCGCCGUCAAUGUGGAGGACGGCGGCACCUACGAGUGCAUCGCCACCAACAGGGUUGGCGACGCCAGGCACAGGGCCCAGCUAAACGUUUACGGUCUCCCUCAUGUACGAUCGAUGCCUGAAAUCUCUGCCGUUGCCGGGGAAACUCUUUACGUAGCGUGUCCAGUUGCUGGCUACCCUAUCGACAGCAUCAAGUGGUACCGAGGCGACCGACUCUUGCCGAUCAACCGACGACACUUGGUUUUCAAAAACGGCACUUUGGUGAUCGAAAAGCUGCAGGCCAACCAGGACGGCGGCUCGUACACCUGCAGCGCGUCCAACAAACAGGGCAACACGGCCUCGGGCAUGGCCCACAUCAAUGUCAUGGUGCCCCCCGCGAUCACGCCGUUCACCUUUGGCGAGCUCUCGCAGGGCGAGCGGGUCAAGGUGACGUGCAGCGUGAAGCGCGGCGACAUGCCCCUGAGCAUUUCCUGGAGCAAGGACCGCAGGCCGAUUGUAGAGCAUGCCUCUGACGUCCGAGUCACGGACGUUGCCGACGACUCGUACUCUAGCAUUUUGGCCAUUUCUAGUGUUACCUCUAGGCAUAGCGGCAAUUAUACGUGUGUCGCGCGCAACCCAGCCAAGGAAACCGCCUACACCGCCGAGCUGGUGGUCACCGUGCCGCCCAGUUGGGUUGUCGAGCCGGAAAACAAAGACGCCAAGCUCGGCCAAAACGUCGUCUUAAACUGCCAGGUUGAGGGUUUUCCAAAACCCACCAUUGCCUGGAAAAAAGCUCUCGGGUAUAAACCUGGCGAGUACUCGGAGCUCCGCCCGAUGGAAGGGUCGACGCACGGCCCCAUCCACCCUGUGCAAGGGGGCUCGAUGCAACUGCUCAUAAACGGGUCCCUGCUGAUUGAAAGCGUCAAGCAGGAGGACGAGGGUCGCUAUCUUUGCGAGGCCAGCAACGGAAUCGGAAUUGGCCUCAGCGCCGUCAUCACCCUCACAGUCAAUGCGCCGGUCCAGUUUAAGAUUCGGUCCAAGAAGGAGCUGGUGCGUCGCGGCAGCACCGCCAAACUGCAGUGCAAAGCUUCGGGCGACAACCCUAUCAUGGUCAAGUGGCAGAAGGAGAACUCACACUUGGACAUUCACUCCAUUAGUAUAAAAAACUCGACUUUGACUCAAGAAAACGGACUGAUAUCAGAGCUUUUGAUUUACGAUACGAAACGGACUGACAGCGGGGUUUACACCUGCUUUGCUAGCAACGACUUUGGCCACGACCAAAUGGCCAUCCACCUUUUAGUUCAAGACGCUCCUGCCAAACCAACGAAUUUACGAAUAUUAGAGUACGAAUCUAGGAAGGUGACCUUUGAAUGGAACCAGGAACAGGAUGGUAACAGCCCCAUCACCAGAUACGUCGUCAGCUACAGAGCAUUACAUGGGGUGGGAUCGCAAGUGAGUCAGCAGGUGGUGGACGGCAGCCAGACGUCAACUACGGUCAGCAAUUUACUGCCGGACACAAGUUACACAAUACAGGUGGCGGCCGAAAACCAGCUUGGCGUGGGUGAGCCAAGUGACGAGCUGCAGGUGCGCACAAGUGAUGAGCAGCCGAGUCACAGUCCGCAGGACUUAAUGGUCGAAGCCCGCACUUCCACGCAGCUCCACGUGUCCUGGAACUCGCCGCCAGUAGACACUUGGAACGGACAGCUGCUCGGAUAUUAUGUUGGACACAGAGAAAUGAUGAGUAAUGAGCGUGCCGGCACAAACCAGUACAACUUCACAACCGUGCCUUGGCCCGGGAACGGAAAGGCCGAGUUGAAAAUGGACAACUUGAAGAAGUUCACAAAGUACUGCAUUGUGGUGCAGGCGUUCAAUAUGAAGGGCGCCGGCCCCACUUCGACUGAAGUUGUUGCUCAAACUCUGGAAGAUGUUCCUGAGGCUCCUCCGCGUGAUUUGCACUGUGCUGCAAGCACUUCAGAGUCCAUUGAGGUUAAUUGGCAGCCUCCUCCGGAUGACAAGGUCCACGGCGUCAUCCAGGGCUACCGACUUUAUUACGAAGCCGUCGAAGAUAGUUUUGAUUUAUACCAAAUAGACAAUUCCGCUCAGAGCAAAAUGACCAAGUCAUUGACCACAGUUCUUCACGGCCUCUUAAAAUACACAAACUACAGCAUCCAGGUGUUGUCCUUCACCCAUGUAGGAGAGGGGGUGAGAAGCACCAGAAUUUACUGCAGGACCAAAGAAGAUGUUCCGGGUCCACCUGCUGAUGUGAGACUUUUAGCCACCAGUCAGGACACAGCCCUGGUCACGUGGCUCCCUCCAAAACAACCCAAUGGUGAAAUCCAGAAAUACUAUAUUUACGUCAGGGUGAUGGAUUCGACGGGGAGGAAGGUCGAGCCAAAGGUCGUCCCUUCAAGCAGUUUUGAGUACGAAAUCAGAGACCUGAGGAAGAGGCACCGCUAUGAGGUGUGGGUGGCUGCCCUCACCAGGGUGGGCGAGGGCCCUGGCACCCCCGUUUCCUCCUUCACCCCUACCAAUAAAGUUUCAGCUGCCAUUGCGUCCUUUGGAGGACACAUAGUGGUGGCGAGCAGGAAGGACGUGCGCCUGCCCUGCAGGGCGGUUGGCCAACCUGAGCCGGUGAGGCAGUGGUUGGCCAACGGACGACCUUUGAACCUGCAGCAUUCGGCCUCUGAGCAACGCAGCACACCUUUGCAGAUCCUGAGCGACGGCACCCUUUUGAUGGCCAGUGUUCUCAGGACUGAUGGAGGCGACUACACCUGCGUGGUCACCAACGAGCAUGGCAAGGACCAGAUCACCUACCAACUUUCUGUGCAAGUUCCACCUGCGACGCCAUUGUUGCACUCGACGGGCUCAUCUUCCUCGUCAAUCCAACUGCAGUGGAAGUUGGGCGACGACGGCGGUUCACCUGUAAAAGGGUUCGUCUUGCACUACAAGCCUGAGCAGGGUGAGUGGACUGAGACGAGGGUGGACCGGCACCACAGCACAUUCACCCUGAGCGGCCUGCGGUGCGGCACCCAGUACCACGUGUAUCUGGUUGCAUACAACCGGCUCGGCAGCAGUCCCUCCAGCGUCGUCCUCAAGGAGCGGACGCGCGGCUCCAAACCGCUGCCCCCACCCCUUUCAGCCGCCGACGCCUUCCUGGUGCUCAACGCCACCAAAAUCGGCCUCAGGCUCGAGAGUUGGCCUGACGGCGGCUGCCCCAUUGUCUACUUUGUGGUCGAGUUUGUUCCUGUCGGAAGCGCCACCGGCGAGUGGCAAGUUGCGAGCAACAAUGUGCAGCCACAGCGCUUAUUUUUCAUCAACGGUCUCAACCCAGGCUCCAAGUACAGACUGCGGGUGAUCGCCCAUAACGCCGCCGGCUCCACGACUGCCAACUUAAUCGCCACCACAACCACCACCAAUGGCUUUCACGACUUAUCAGCCACCGUGAACGCCAACGACGCGGAACGCAAUCGGAACGACCUUGAGCGGCCACCACUGCACAGGGACGUUAAGGUCGUCGCCCCCCUCGCCAUCUCCUGCCUCGCCAUCCCCCUCAGCCUCCUCAGCGUCUGCUUCUGCCUCAAAAAGAAAAACGCGGGUGGCGCGAGUUCGGCGGCGUCGGCGGCGAGUCUGCAGAACCACUCGAACUCGGCGUCGGAGAGCAAGUCGGCGGCGCAGCAAUACUACGCGACGGUGCGAAAACCGCCGCCAUCGCCGGCGCCCGAUUUCGCAACAUUAGAAUGCAUACCAGAGUACUCUGAGGACAUUUACCCGUAUGCGACGUUCCACGUGCCGCCUCCGCCCGCCCCCGCGCCCCACGAGGAGGCGAUGAGCACCAAACUGCAAACGUUCGUGUACCGCGGAAUUGGCGCCGAACUGAUGCAGGGCGCCUCGUUCCGACACCUGCCGUCGCCGCCCAGGGCUAAACCGCAGGGUCCAAAAUCGGACAGGCAGAAGCGGAAUCGGUGCAAGCUGAAGACGGACAGGCGCGAAAGCGAGGAGUACGACAGCUUCAACUCCGAGUCGGACACCGAACAGGGCACGUCGAGUCGCACCGAGUCGUCCAACCAGCUGGAUGACAACCUUCAUCCCGCCCUGAAUGCAGAUUUACUUUACCCAGGAGGGCUCGAAUCAAGCACGUCCACCGAGCCGUCUCCCAUUGCUGAGCGCCGCCUCAGGGCUUUGGGCAUUAAGACGCCAAACAAAUCUGCAAGAUAUGGAAUGCCGCCGAUGAUUCCGCACAACGCGCGUCACUCCACAACGAGUUUCAUGGCGCCGAAAAUUGGAGGUGGCGGCGACCCGGUGGCCAAAGUGCGGCCGGUGGCAAGCAGGAACCUGCAAGAUAACAACAAAAGUUUCAGCCCCAACAAACAGCGCGCCGGCCAGUUGAGUGUGAUCUCGAGCAAGAACGCGGAUUACAGCAUCAGAGUGUGAGUGAGUCUCUUCUUAAACCCCGGCCCAGCUCUUCGCUCAACAAACAAAACGAAAAGUGUGUUCAAGACUGCAAUUGGCAAAGGAAAAAAGAAAUCAUUGUGAUCCUCAUAUCCCUCUUUGAAAGAAUAAUAAUGUAUAUUUAAAAAGUGGAGAAGAAUCGUGCAUAUCCUCCGUCCCUCACACCCUGUCAAAGGCAAAAAAGUACUCCGAAAAGUUUUUGAAUUACGAAAGAAGAAUUAGCACUGCCCUCUUCUUGUUGCCAACUUUUGCAUUUUGUGGAUAUUUGUAGGUUUAAGAAAGAAAUGAACUUCCUCAACUUCCCAUAUAGUGUGACAAUUGGCCAGUAUGAAAUGUAUUUGCAAAUUUUUAUUUCCAAUUUUACUGUAUUUGCUCAAAACUUCCUACUUCCGUUUCAAUAUAUCGAAUAAAAAAUUUAAAAUGUAAAAACUCCAAAUUCAAUAGAUGGAUAGAAACUUUUCAAAUCCCUUUCAUCAGCUUGUGUAUAAAUGAAUUAAUUUCCAAUGAAAUUUCUGUGAUUACUAAAUGUGUAAGACGUUUUUUGAAAAUAAAAACCAAU